AUGGGACGGGGAGGGGGUGUCGGUGGGAGCCCCUCGGGGCGGGGGGGUCUCGGUGCCGGGGGCGGCGCUUCGGGACCGAGAAGUCUCGGUGGGAGCCCCGUGGGACGGGGGGGAGAUCUCGGUACGGGCCCCGCGGGGCGGGGGGACCGCGGCGCCGGGGGAAGGUCUGCAGGGCGGGGCGGGGGCUGCACCGGGGGAACCCCGGAGGGUCCCGGUGCCGGGGGCAGCCCCGGGGGGCGGGGGGGUGUCGGCGCCGGGGGAAGGUCUGCGGGCCGGGGGGGUGUCGGAGGGGACCCCUCGGGCCGGGGGGCUCUCGGCGGGGGCCGCUCGGGGCGGCGGUCGCUGCGGGCUCUGGGCAGCCUGGCGGGGCGGCUGCUGCGCUCCUGGUCGCGGCUGCCCGUUCCCCGCGGGCGGCGCCGCUCGGGGCCGGAGGAGGACGAUGACGGGGGGUUCCGGGGGUUCGGGGGGGGCGGGCAGCGGCGGGCGGUGCCGGGGGGCGGAGCGGGGCCCGAGCGGCCGCCGGGAGCGCAGGGGCUGCGCAACCACGGCAACACCUGCUUCAUGAACGCGGUGGUGCAGUGCCUGAGCCACACGGCGCCGCUGGCAGAGCGGUUGGCGCUCGGCAGGUUCCGCGGAGCCCGGGCCGAGGUCACCCGGCGGCUGGCGGCCCUCGUGAGGGCGCUCUGGACCCGCCGCUACAGCCCGCGCCUCUCCGCGGAGUUCAAGAACAUCGUCUCCAAGCACAGCGCACAGUUCCGUGGCAACGCACAGCACGACGCCCUCGAGUUCCUGCUCUGGCUGCUGGACCGCCUGCAUGAGGACCUGGGCGCCACGUCCCCUACCCAGCAGCCCCACGUCCCCGAGGAGCCCGGUGAGGAUGGGAGUGGCGAUGCCAGCAGCUCCCCACCAGCCGACCAGCAUCCCGGCGGGCAGAGCUUUGUGCAGAGCCACUUCCAGGCACAGUACAGGUCCUCCCUGACGUGUCCGCACUGCCUGAAGCAGAGCAACACCUUCGACCCCUUCCUGUGCAUCUCCCUGCCCAUCCCACUGUGCCAGACCCGGGCUCUCAACGUCACGCUGGUGCUACAGCGCGAGCGACAGCGGUUCGUGCGGGUGGGGCUGGCCGUGCCCCUGCUUGGCACCGUGGCUGAGCUGCGGGAGAUGGUGGCACGGGAAGGACGCAUCCCACCGGAGCAGGUGAUCCUGGCCGAGGUGUCCUCGCAGGGCUUCCUGCGCUCCCUGGGUGACACGGAGGAGCUGGGCACUGUGGGGGAGCGGGCUCCCCUCUAUGCCUUCCAGCCGCCCCUGGCCCGCCGCACAGCGUGCCCCCGCAGCCUGCCGGCCUCCCCUGGUGCCCACCUGGAGGUGCCCCGCCUGCCGCCCACUGCUGCCCGCUCCUCCGAGUGCCUGCGCGGGGCGAGCGGACGCAUCCUGCUGCUGCUCUGCAACGUGACUACCACAGGCCCGCAGCUCGCCAGGUUCGGGCCACCGCUGGUGCUGCGUGAGGAGCGGAGCAUCUCCUGGGAGCAGCUCCAGCAGAGCAUCCUGUCCCAGCUGCGGGCGCUGCUGCGUGGAGAGGUGCGGGCGCAGGGUGCCGGAGCCCUGUUCCGCAUCUGCCUGGCCGGGAGCUCGGCCCCCUGCCCCUACCUGUCCCCGCAGGACCCCCGCCCUCUCUGCCACCCCGCCGUUGACAGAGCCCUGCGGCUGAGCGGGGCGGGCGGCCCCCCACACGUGAACCUGACGGUGGAGUGGGACCUGAGCACCAAAGAGCGCCUCUUCGGUGACCUCCGGGAGGAGGUGGUGCAGGACGCGGAGAGCGUACGGCUGCAGCAGCAAGCGCACCAGCAGCACAGCUGCACGCUGGACGAGUGCUUCCAGCUCUACACCAAAGAGGAGCAGCUGGCGCCGGACGACGCGUGGCGCUGCCCGCACUGCAAGGUGCCGCAGCGGGGCACGGUGAAGCUCAGCCUCUGGACGCUGCCCGACAUCCUCAUCAUCCACCUCAAGCGGUUCGGGCAGGUGGCCGCGCGCGGGCACAAGCUCAGCACACUGGUGCGCUUCCCGCUGCGGGGGCUCGACAUGGCACCCCACAUGGCGCAGCGGGGCUGCGCCCCACGGCACCCCCCGAACAGCCCCCGCAAUGCCCUCUACGACCUCUACGCCGUCUGCUACCACCACGGCGGCAUGCACGGCGGGCACUACACGGCCUCGUGCCGCAACGCGCUCGACGGGCGCUGGUACCGCUUCGACGACAGCCGCGUGGUGCGAGUGCGGGAGACGGAGCUGCGAGCGCGCAGCGCCUACAUCCUCUUCUACCAGCGGCGGGGAACCCCACCUGGACCCCCCGGCACUGGCUCCCCGGCCUCGCCCUCCGGCCACUGGCUGACCCGUCUGGACACCAGCGCCCCGGACACCCCGGACACCCUGGAGACCUCGGACAGCCCGCCUGGCACUCCUGACGCCCCUGAGAAAGGUGGCUUCGAGGCCAGACCCGUGGUGCGGAGCGUCCAGGGGCGCAGCCUCAGCGCCAGGCUGGCCCCCACCAGUGCCCCCCCCCGCGUUGGACCUCCCCGGUGGUCCUUCUCCAUCAAGAGCCGGACGGGGGUCCCGAGGGAACCGGUUCCCUCCCUGGAAUUGGGACGGCGACCCCGCUGCACCCGCCGUUCCCUCCUCCCGCUGGGCUCAAGUAGGGAGAGCAGCCCCCCCCUGGCACCCAGCGCCCCCCCCCAGCCUGGCAAGGGGCAAGAAGAGCCCCCCCGCGCCCCCCGCUGUCCCCUGCGUGUGCCCACGCUGCGGCGAGCCGCCAGCACCGUCGUUGAGAGGCCCCCACAUCUGCCCCCCAAAAGCCAGAGCAGCCCAGAGCGGGGAGGGGACAGGGGUGUCCCCCCGGCAUGGUUGUCCCCUGGUUCUCUGGCCACAGUGUCCUCGCAGGACUUGGCCAACCUCCCCCCGCGCCCCAAAGGCAGCCUGCGGCGCUCGGCCUCGCUGGGCAGGGCUGGUGGGGGGCACCCCCUGCCCACCCUGGGCCCCCCCGGGGCCACCCUGCAGCAGAGACGGCAGCCCGUGGGCUCCCUGCGCUGCGCAGCUGUGCCCGAGUCCAGCUUCUGAACCAUGGCUGGUGGGCAUCUUCACCUGGAGCGUCUUCAACUCAGGCAUCCUCACUGGGAGAUCUCAAACUGGGACAUCCCCACCUGGAGCACCUUCAGCUUGAGCAUCCUGAACCGAGGCUGUCCCAAACUGGGGAAGUCUCAGCCCAAGGGCUCCCGCACCAGUGGAUCCCAAAGAAGAGUGUCCCAAAGCAGGGUCAACUGCAACUGGGAACAUCCCAACCUGGUGGCAUGCCAAACCAGGGCAUCCUGACCUGGGGGUCCCUGAACCAGAGGGUCCCAAACCAGGGCACCCCCAAACUGGGGCAUCCUCAGCUGGGGCUGUGUCAAUCUGGGAGCAUCUUUACCUGAGGGCUCCUGAAGCAAAGGAUCCCAAAGAAGAAUGUGCCAAAGUGGGGUCAUCUGCAACUGGGAACAUCCCAAACCACAGCAUCCCAACCUGGAGGCUGCUGAACCAAAGGCUCCAAAGCCAGAGCAUCCCCUCCUGGAGUAUUCCCACAUGGAAUGUCCUCAACUGGGGCUGUUCUGAACCAGGGGCAUCUCAACGUGAGGUCUGCUGAAGCAGAGGAUUCCAAAGAAGAGUGUCCUAAAGCAGGGUCAACCGCAACUGGGAACAUCCCAGCCUGGUGGCAUCCCAAACCAGGGCAUCCUGACUUGGCCGUUCCUGAACCAGAGGCUCCCAAACUAGGGCCUCUCCACUUGGAGAAUCCUCAACUAGGGCUGUGCCAAACUGGAGCAUCUCGACUCAAGAGCUCCUUGAACCAGAGGCUUCAAAGAAGAGUGUCCCAAAGCCGGGUCAUCUGCAACUGGGAACAUCGCAACCUGGUGGCAUCCCAAGCCAGGGCAUCCUGACCUGGGCGUUCGUCAACCAAACACUCCAAAACCAGGGCAUCCGCAAACUGAUGGCAUCCCAGACUGGGAGAACCUCACACCAGGGCCUCCUAAAUCAAACUGUUCUCACCAUGGGGCAUCCUCGGCAUUCCUGCUCGCCUCGCCCUGCCCCUUCCCCGGGAGCAGGCAGGGCUCCCCACCUCUGUCGGCUCGAAGGCGCCACAGUUUUUAUUGCACUAGCAGAGUUUUAUUCAGAGACACUUUUUGGUUUCUCAAAGGUGAUGUUUCGGGGCGCGAAUGGGUCCCCCACACCACAGUCUAUGCAACAUGCAAUUCCUCCUGCCAGCUUUUGUAUGCGUGGGCUUUGGCUCCACCGCCCUCGGUUUCUAUUAAAGACACUGGCGAGGAGCCCGGUGCAGAGCCUGGGGGCAGCGUCCGUCCCAAGGGGUGGAAGAGCUAUGUGUCCCAUUUGGUGGGGUCCUGGUGCUGUGCCCCAGGGUGGUGGGGAUCAGCUUGAGAAUCAUAAAAUGGUUUGGGUUGAAAGGGACCUCAAAGUUCCGUCCCCCACCCUGUCAUGGGCAGGGACACCUCCUACUGGACCAGGUUGCUCAAAUCCCAUCCAACCUGGCCUUGAACACCUCCAGGGAUGGAGCAGCCACCACUUCCCCAGGCAACCUGGGCCAGGGCCUCCCCACCACCAUUGUGAAGAAUUUUUUCCUAAUGUCCCAUCUAAAUCUCUCCCUCCUUCCAAUUUAAAGCCAUUCCCUUGUCUUGUUACUCCGUACCCUUGGAAAUAGCCCCUCCCUGGCUUUCCUGGAGCCCCUUUCAGCACUGGAAGCUGCUCUAAGGUCUCCCUGGAGCCUUCUUGUCUCCAGGCUGAACAACCCCAACUCUCUCAGCCUGUCCUCAUACAGGAGGUGCCCCAGCCCUCAGAUCACCUCCAUUGCCUCCUCUGGACCCAUCCCAACAGUUCCACAUCCUUCUUAUGUUGAAGACUUCAGAACUGGACACAAUACUCCAGGUGGGGUUUCAUGAGACAGGAAUAGAGGGGCGGAAUCGCCUCCGUUGACCUGCUGGCCAUGCUUCUGAUGCAGCCCAGGAAGAGGGCUCGGUGGGGGCAGUGCUGGUCGGGUCCUGCCCCUGAGUAAUAGCCAAGCGCCUGGUGGGAGGUCCUGGGCUGGUGGCAGCACUAAGCACCAGAGUUGUGGGACCCUGUGGCCAAGCCCACCGAGGAAGGGGAUAUUUAGAGAAACUUGGUGCAGUCACAGCGGUGGGCAGGGAUGGAGGGGGAGAGGUGGGAUGGAGGUGGAGAUGGAGAUGGAAGAGGUAGGAUUGGGGAGGAGCUGAAGGAUUUAAGUUGAGGUGGGAUUGAGGUGGAGGUGAUGGGGAUAGAGAUGGAGGCAGAGGAGGAGGUGGAAGUCGAAGAGGGGGAAGAGAUGAAGGUGGAAGAGACAAUCCCCUGCUAGAGGCCCUUCAUGUGCCACUGCUGGUGCUGUGGCUGUGACCCUGCUUUGCAGCAGACAUCAAAUGUGUCUUUGUCACCCACGUGUCACUUAGACAAGCAACAGCCCUGGGCAUGGCAGGUUCCCCAGGGCACCCACGGGUGCUGCCCUGCCCUAGUGGUGUUGUGUGGCCGGGGCUGAGGCUUGGCACUGCCACACUGCAUGGGUGGCACCACCCCCUGCCUGGCCCCAGCAUCCCAUGGGGUGAAGGAUGUGACAUGGGCAGGCUGGGGACCCCCAGAGACGCACCGAGCACAGGCACAGCACCACAGCGGCCCCAAGACCCCCAGAUGCCUGCAGGUGUGGUGGCCCAGACAUC